AUGACCUUGCAGUGGUUACUUGAUCUACUGGACAAUACUGAUGUUAGUUCUGAAACUUCCCAGGACACUGCUUACGACGAUAUGAGAAAUGUCGACAAACUAUUUGAAAAAGGACCUGUGAACACUUAUCGUGAAGGUUGUAUAUUGGCGGAAAUUGUUUUCAAUGAAUUUUACACUUGGAUCGAAAAAAACAAUAGUCAUGGCAUAAUUGAUGCGAUUCCUGAACUUCUUGAUCAACUAGGAAAAUUUGUUAAAACUCAAAUAAUGAACUAUAAUAUCACCUUACAACAGGAUUCGGUUUAUUAUAACCUAUAUAUAACAGUAUUUGGCUUGGCUAUGAUGAAAGUCCUGAUCCAAAUAGCGAAACUCAAUGACAUGAACAAUGGAUGCGAAAAAGACAGAGAGGCUUGUGUGAUUUUCACGGACAGUCUUCAGUGGGUGAAAGAAUUACGAAAGUUGGACAACAAACAAUGUUUUUACCAUUUUAAACUCGAAGAAAUGACCAAAUUUGUUUUAGGUGAAACUAUGACAAUAUGA